AUGGCUCCAAUUGCAAAGAGACGUCGCAUCAGUCCAGAGGUCGAAUCACCUCCCAAUACUACAAAGAAUGGCAUUUCGUCCGAGGAGAAAAUCGAGAAUUUCUACCGUAACGCCGCUGGAUGGGAUCUAGAGCAGGACUACGAGAACAGACCGCGCAAUCUAAAGAAAAAGAAGGAAGAGACAAGACUGCCAAUUAAGACCUCGGAAGGUUGGGUCGAGCAGGCUCCUGCCGUUGCUGAGCAGAAGGAAGAGGAUGCCGACAGUUUUUUGGGAAGUGGUGAUGAGGAUGAGGCUGUAGAUGAUGACGACCAAGACGUGGAGGAAGAAGAGGAGGAGCCGGAAGUGCCACAGGUCUCGCCGCGCGAACAAAUCCUUCAAGCCAAAGAGGAGCUCGCUCGCGUUGCCAGCUUGAUUUCAGAGGAUCCGGAAGAGCACAUCGGCCAACUCAAGAAGCUGCAAGUCCAUGCCACAUCCCAAAACCGAACCGUUGUCAAGCUUUGCAUGGCCACACAACUCGCCAUUUACCGCGACAUCAUCCCCGGCUACCGCAUCCGCCCUGUUUCAAAGGAAGAGUUGAAGCAGAAGUUGUCCAAGGAUGUCCGCAAAUUGCGUAAUUUCGAACAAAUGCUUGUUGGCGGCUACCACGAGUAUGUCAAGUCUCUGACAAGGGCUGCCAAAAAGAGUGGUGACAAGGACAAGGAGGCUGCUUCUGUUGCUGCUGUCGCUAUUUCUUGCGCUUGCACUCUCCUUAAUACUGUCCCCCACUUCAACUUCCGCGGCGACCUCAUCAACAUCUUGGUCGGUAGGCUCAGUAUCAGACAGGUCAAUCCGGACUUCCACAAAUCCAUCGAAUGCUUAGAGACAUUGUUCCGCGACGACGAGGACGGAAAUGCUUCUCGCGAGGCUGUCGAUUUGCUAUGCAAGAUGAUGAAAUCGCGAAACUACAAUAUCCAUGAAUCUGUGCUGAACACAUUCUUGCAUCUACGACUUCUUUCCGAAUUUGCUCACAGAAGCAGUAGCACACGCACUGACAAGAGUGAGGAUGAGCCGGUCGUGAAGAAAAAGCAAAAGCGAGAGUUCAGGACGAAAAAGGAGAGAAAACGUCUACGUGAAGUCAAGGAUGUUGAGAAAGAGCUCAGAGAAGCCGAUGCUACAGUCUCGCAUGAAGAGCGUGACAAGAACCAGUCAGAGAUGCUGAAACUGGUCUUCGUUGCCUACUUCCGCAUUCUUAAGCAACGGGUACCUCAAUUGAUGGGUGCUGUACUGGAAGGUCUUGCUCGUUAUGCCCAUCUUAUCAACCAGGACUUUUUUGGUGAUAUCCUCGAAGCCCUCCGCGAACUCGUCAUCUCUACCGAAGCUGCUGAGCAAGCACUUGCUGAAGAAGACGAAGACGCUUCUACCGCACCAAGAAACAUCAACCGCGAAUCUCUGCUUUGCAUCAUUACAGCAUUCGCCCUUCUUCAGGGUCAAGAUGUUGUCAAGAGUGUCGGCUCUCUACAUCUAGAUCUUGAAUUCUUCAUCACUCACCUCUACAAGACGCUUUUGCCAUCAUCCAUGAAUCCUGAUCUGGAGCUGAGUGCCAAAUCUUUGCGCCUAAGAGACCCAGAUGGCAAUGAUGAUGAAGCUCUCCUCCCUCAACAAGCCAAGCACAAGAUCAACGUUCAGACGACAACUGUGCUGCUUCUUCGUUCAUUGUCAUCAGUCCUGCUACCGCCACAGAAUUUGCGCUCGGUACCUCCACUUCGCCUUGCUGCUUUUGCCAAGCAACUCCUUACAAUCUCCUUACAACUACCCGAAAAGUCAUGUCUAGCAAUGAUGGGUCUAUUGCAGCAAGUGGCCAAGGUACAGGGCAAGAAGAUUGCGGCACUAUGGUACACAGAAGAGAGAAAGGGAGAUGGCGUUUUCAAUCCCCUUAGGGAAGAGGUCGAAGGAAGCAAUCCUUUCGCAACGACGAUCUGGGAAGGCGAAUUGUUGAGGCACCAUUUCUGCCCCCAAGUCCGGGAAAGCAUUGUUGCGCUCGAGAAGGGUAUUGUUGCAUCGAGGUCAUAG